GACCACGCAUAAAGAAAGAUCAAAACCUCCCAUCACCCCCUUCCAAAAAGAACAAAUAAUAAUAAUAAUAAUCUUUCUUAUAUAAAAAAAGAUAUUAUAUUUUCUUUGCAGUUCAAAAUAAGUUUGUAGCUUUGAGGGUAGAGAGAGAGAGAGAUCAAGCGACUGAGAGAGAGAGUGGUGUGGAAGCAAAACCACGAUCUGAGUUUUUCCUCUCAGAUUUUCCGACAACACUCUUUCUUCUUCGAUCGGAGCUUUCUGACAUUCCGACAAAACCAGAAAAGAUCGUUCCUUUCGUGUCUGUGUGUUGUGGGGUUUGUCGGAAAAUGGAGCGGUACGGUCGCGCCGGUGAAGAAGGGUCGCGAUCGGAUCCGUCGAUUGAAUGGACCUCUCACGGAGGCGAAACUAGAGUCGAAGGUUCGAUGUGGCGGUUAGGGUUAACCGGCGGUGGAGAAGCGUACCCGGAGCGAUCAAAUGAGCCUGAUUGUAUUUAUUACUUGCGAACCGGCGUUUGCGGGUACGGGUCAAGAUGCCGGUUUAAUCACCCGCGAGAUCGUGGAGCGGUUAUUGGAGGAGUCAGAGGAGGAGGAGGAGAUGGAGCUUUACCGGAGAGAAUGGGACAACCGGUUUGUCAGCAUUUUAUGCGAACGGGAACGUGUAAGUACGGUGGUUCUUGCAAGUAUCAUCAUCCUAGACAAGGAGGUGGUUCCGUUGCGCCUGUCUCUCUAAGCUAUUUAGGAUAUCCAUUACGUCCGGGAGAGAAAGAGUGUUCUUAUUACAUGAGAACCGGCCAGUGUAAAUUUGGUUUAACCUGUAGAUUCAACCAUCCUGUGCCUCAGCCACAGCAGCAGCAGCCACAGACACAGACUAUUUAUCCAACGCUUCAAUCUCAACCAAUGCCUUCUUCUCAACAAUAUGGUUUAGUUUUAACAAGGCCUUCUCUAUUACCUGGUUCUUAUCUUCCAAGCCCUUACGGCCCACCAAUGGUUCUGCCUCCAGGAAUGGUUACAUACCCUAAUUGGAAUCCUUACCCGGCCUCUUUAACUGCAAUGCCUUCUCCCGGAACUAAAACACAACCGUCUAUUGGAACAAGCUCUGUUUAUGGAAUGGCGCCGUUAUCUCCUUCAGGGACUGCUUAUACAGGAACAUACCAAUCCGGUGGACCUUCCUUGACUACUUCGAGAGAAGAACCUUUCCCUCAGAGACCUGAUCAGCCAGAGUGUCAGUACUUCAUGAGAACCGGAGACUGUAAGUUUGGAGCUUCGUGUAGAUACCAUCAUCCUCUAGAUGCAGUUCAGACUAAUACUGGCGUUCUCCUCAGCCCCAUUGGCCUUCCGCUUCGUCCAGGCACAGCGCAAUGCACUCACUUUGCGCAACAUGGGAUCUGCAAGUUUGGACCGGCGUGUAAGUUUGAUCACUCGAUGGCUUCUUCACUCAGCUACAGCCCGUCUGCUUCUUCGUUAACGGAUAUGCCUGUAGCUCCAUACCCAAUUGGUUCAUCAACACUAAGCGGCGCAUCAGCUCCUGUUAGCUCAAGCAAUGAACCCACCACAGAGGCUGUGACUGCUGUAGUGUCUUCUCCUAUGGUUAGUGGCUUGAGCAGUCAAGAGCCAGCUGAGACGGGUGGUGACUCGGCUAGUGUUAGUGGCAGCAUAGAAGCUAAGACUUCUUCAAGUUAAAAAAAAAAGAGGAAAAUGUCCUCAGAUUCUUCAACAUUAAGAAAAGAGAAAAGGAAGAUUAUUAAUGGGGUCUGAAGAUUUGAUGGAAGCAGAAGGAGAGAGAGACCAAUACCAAAAGCUUCUGUCAUUUUACCAUUUGUCCAUACAUCAAAAAUAUACUCUCUCAUACGGCCAUAUGUCUCUCUUGUUCUUUUGCUUUCUUGAACAACGAUUAUUACUAAUAAAUGGCCUUUAUUCACACGAUCC